AUGGAGAAACCCUUUUGGAUCCCACGUUUGUGGGCUUUGCACUUAGCUUGUUUGGGUUCUGCUUUUCUGAUGGGCCUUUCUGCUUGGCUUGUUUGGGCUGACGGUGGAUUUCAUCGCCAGCCUAUGGCUAUGCUCUUGUACUUGAGCCAAUUGGGGUUGAGUUUGGCUUGGGAUCCUGUGGUGUUUAAGGUUGGAGCUACUAAGAUAGGGUUGGUUUUGUGCAUGGCUUUGUUUGGAGUGUUGAUUGCUUGUGCUAGGGCUUUUAAAAGCGUGAAUCCUAUAGCAGGGGAUCUGGUAAAACCAUGCCUUGGAUGGGCUGUGCUUCUGAGUCUCGCAAAUCUUAAGCUUGUAUACCACAAGGGCCAGGUAGUAAAUUCUUGA